AUGUUGCAAGCUGACCGGAAAAACAAAAGCCGAGCAACACGAGCAGAGCAGAAAAAAGGAUCGAUAAAUCAAUACAAUCAAUCAUCAUCCCAUACAUCAUAUCCAAACCCAUCAUUCAUCUCAGGAAGCCCAGAAACAGUGCUUCAAUCUGACACAGGCGAUGAAACACGGUACAGGCAGCAAGAGCCAUACCAAUAG